CAUUAAGUUUGUUUUGAUUAUAUCAUACGAUUUUAACCUCAUUUAUUAUAUGAAUGAAAUUAAUUUAUAGUAUUAAUACAUUAAAAAUUUAAUUUAAUUGUAUGUGUGUGUGAUUUUUGUGAUUGGUAUAAUAUAGUUUGUUAAAUAAAAAAAUAUAUAUAUUUUUAACAAUUAUCAAUUAUGCCGAAACGAAUUGAAAUUGGUAUUAUUCCUGAUAACUUAAGACACGAAGAAACUAUUGUCCAAAUUGCUGAAGCUCUUGAUAAUUUAGAUUCUGCUGUUAAUUAUAUAUUUGAAUGUAUUGAUAAGAGACUUUUUCAAAAUAGUCAAAGAUUAUCUAAUGUUAAAGAAAGAGCUACAAAACUUCAAGAUCGUUUAAAAUAUUUACAAACUAACUUAAAUUUAAAAGCUGUAAAAAUGUAUUCUGCUGCAAGGUAUCCUGCUAGUCAGACAUACAAGGAAUAUGAGUUAGCUGUACCGCCUCAGUAUGAUAAUAUCAAUAAAAUACCAAAAGUUUAUAAAUGUUCUGUACCUAUAAAAGAUAUUUCUGGAGCAUAUUUAUCUUCUAAUUGUAAAACAGAAGAUGGUCAAUAUAUGACAAAUAACAAUUUACAAGAAAAGCUACAAUUUUAUCAUGUUCGAUCUAAAUCCAAUAAAGAAGUUUAUACAGAUAAUGAAAUGACAUUUCCUUUUCAUUUAUCUUCAAUUAGUGCAUUCUUGUUCAAUAGUAUGGAUGAUCCAUAUAAAAUAUCUAUGAAACAAACUUCCCACAAAUUAAGUGAUAAACAACAAAUAGAAGAUGCACCAGAUUCUAUUAUACAACCAUGGUUAUCAACUGAAAUGGAUUUAUCUAGUAGUUAUUUAUACACACCAACUUUAGGAGAGGUACCACAGAUAAAUGUGCCACCAUCACUUCCUGAUUUACCUGGAAUUGUAGAUGAUGAAAAAUUCAUUUUAGAUCUUAAUUCUCAAAGUCCCAUUGCUCCUUCUUCAGCAGUAACAACGCCUACAGUUCGUGUAGAUCUUCCAACACCAACGUCAACAAUGGACGAGAAGGAUUCCAAUACAAAACUAAAUGAAAUUAUUCCAAAUGUACCUAAUUUUGUUGAUAGCGAUUAUUCGAAAAAUCUUACCGAGCUUGCUCCGCCACCUCCUCCUCCACCAUCAAUCUUAUUAAAUAUAACAAAUUCGGAUUCUUUGACUUCUAACAACAAUAGUCAUUCAUCAUUAAAUCCCUCAUCAUCAGCUCCUUUAAUUACGCCACCACCGCCGCCCCCACCACCACCACCACCACCACCACCACCACCGCCACCACCACCGCCGUCUUCAGUUUCAUCUGAAUCUACCGUUAUUGAAUCUCAAAUUAAAGAUUCAGUUAAAAAAAGUGUCGAAGAUUCGAGAAAAAUGAAAUUGGAUGAUAGAUCGAAUUUAAUGGAAGCAAUUCGUAAUGCUGGUGGUAUAGGAAGAGCGAAAUUAAGACGUAUAGUACCAUCAGAAGAAAAAGGAAACCGUUGGUCCUCCGCAUCUGUUGGAGGUGAUUUAAUGGCCGAUUUGCACGCAAAAUUAGCUCUCAGGAGAAAAGGAAUUGCUGGAUCUGGAGGUAGUGCUCUGGAAAGAAUGUCCAGUAUGAUUCCUCCACCUCCUAAACCAAACGAAGCAGCUGCAUCGGAUAGAAAUUCGGCUACUAGCGAAUAUGAUUCUCAACCAGAUACUGAUGAUUGGGACGAAUAAUAAAUUACUCGAUUAUUGUUAAUUAUAUAUAUAUAUAUAUAUAUGCAAUUUUUUAUUUAACUUUCAAUUUUAUGUUGAAUAAUAUAUUUUUAUUAUAUUUAAUAUUUCAUG